CUGUCUGUUCACACUCUUUGCGAUACAACAUUGUCUAUUCUGACCAGCUUUUCUUGCCUUUUCUCUUUCAAGAACUUCUUCGACUCUCUCUCUCUCUUCGAAUCACAAUAAAAUCUCUCUUUCUCUCUUGAGCCAUCCAUCUAAAUUCGAAACCCAGAACCAGAAAGUUUCAUCAUAUUUUGAAAAUCAUUACUAGGAAGAAGAAGAAAAAAAUCGAAUAUUUCUGUAACUAGCUUCAAGUUCACCCGUUUUUGGUCCCAUCUCGUGUUGUUUGUUUUGUCUACUUAGAGUUAGUGGUAAAGCAGGGAGGGGAAAAAUAAAGUAACACAACACAACAAAAACAACGGAAGGAGAAAACCCUAAAACCCACCGCCAGUCUUAAAUAGUAGGAACAAGGACCUUUUUUUGGAGUCAAAGUUUCAUUCAUUGGGGUUCCAUUUUCACACUGUCAACUCUCUCUCUCUCUCUCUCUCUCUCUCUCUCUCUCUCUCUCUCUCUCUCACACCACAUUUUUGUAAAAAAUAAAAACCCCAUUUUUGGUCUGAGCAAGAUCAAGUUUGUACACUGAGCUUGGGAGAGAGAAACCGAACUAACCCAAGCUCUGAAAGAAUGGCUAAUCAAAGUCCCAUUUUAAAUCUCAGCAAAACCCAGUUCUUUGUUUUUUGUGUAAGUUUAGCUAAUGUUGUUUUGGUGAGCUCCAAGUCCACAAUCGAGCCCUGUUCCAACUCCGACUCUUGCAACGCCAUGCUCGGCUACACUGUCUACACCGAGCUCAAAGUCUCAGAGGUGGCUUCGCUCUUCCAAGUGGACCCCAUUGCUAUCCUCACCGCCAAUGCCAUCGACAUUUCCUACCCCGACGUUGAGAACCACAUACUCCCAUCUCAGCUCUUCCUCAAAGUCCCCAUUACCUGUUCUUGUGUCGAUGGGAUCCGAAAAUCGGUCUCCACCCAUUACAAGACCCGACCCUCUGAUACUCUCUCGUCGAUUGCUGAUUCAGUUUACUCGGGUUUGGUCUCCGCGGAUCAGAUUAGGGAGGCUAAUUCGAUCUCUGACCCGUCUGUUCUCGAUGUGGGACAGAACCUUGUGGUGCCUCUUCCUUGUACUUGUUUUAAUGGCACUGAUAACUCUUUACCUGCUAUUUACUUGUCUUAUGUGGUCAAGCCUGUGGACUCGCUGACAGCCAUUGCUGCCAAGUAUUCCACCACCAUUACGGACUUGAUGAAUGUUAAUGCUAUGGGAAGUACCUCUAUUAAGGCUGGUGACAUACUUGCGGUUCCAUUGCCUGCUUGUGCCUCAAACUUCCCCAAGGGCGCCUCGGAUUUUGGCUUAAUUGUUCCAAAUGGGAGCUAUGCCAUUUCAGCUAGCCACUGUGUUCAGUGCAGUUGUGGACCAGGAAGUCUCAAUUUGUAUUGCAUGCCUGCUUCAUUAGCGGUUUCAUGUUCGAGUAUGCAAUGUAAAAAUAGUAACCUUAUGGUUGGAAAUUAUACGACGCAGCAGACCAGUGCUGGUUGCAACGUUAGUUCUUGUAAAUAUGGUGGUUUUGUAAAUGGCACCAUUAUCACAACGCUUUCUACUUCUCUUCAGCCUCGUUGUCCAGGUCCACAAAAGUUUCCUCCCCUCAUAGCACCGCCUUCAUCGGUAAUUAGAGAUUCAAUAUUUGCACCGUCACCUUCUCCUCAGUCUGAGGGUGUCGGAGCAUUGACACCAAGGUCUUCGUUAGUGCCAGCAACUGGUUCUCUUCCGGGAUUGGCUCCUAUAGGUGGCCCCAUGGGAAGAUCUUCAGAUGCUUGCUCCUUGGUGAAUCCUUCAACUACUUCUGGAAUUGCAGCCUUUUUAUUUUUCUCUUUCAAGCUCUUAUUUGCCAUCUUGUAAUAGUUUUGCUUAUUAUGAAGGCAAGGUUUUCUCCUGCGUGGUUUGCUUCAUUUCUUUCUUUAGUUUCUUAUUCUGUUGUAUUUAUCUUUUUGCUCUAUUUAUCGCAAACCGUUGAAUUGGAACCUUGGAAAUUGGGGUAUGUAGCAAAAAUAUUGUGGGAUUUUGGAGAUUAGUGUUUUUGGUCUGGUCGGUUCCCUCGUUUUGUAUUUGCAUUGCUUUUAGUGGGAAUUAUCUAAGCACCACCUUUGUAUGACAUUUGCUAAUUUGCUGUUCUCUAUUAAAAUCUUAUUAUUGUAAAA